AUGGCGCAGGAUAUCAAAAUCAUGAACCUGACCAAGUCCAGCCUGGAGGCCCUGAACAGAAACCAAAUGCUCUCCAAAAAGAGCAGUAGGAAAAUUCUGAAGAUAUGCAUGUACGCAAUUCUGACAUUUGCAAUGUGCGGUGUGGUGUUGAUAUGCCUCACUGCCAUGUCGAACAGUGAUGGGAGCCUUACCCAGAGUGGCAGCCAUAACCAGAGCGGCAGCCUGAAGGGUCUCUCUUCCACCCCUGGUGAUGGAGAAAUCCUCAACAAGGCUGAAAUAGAAACGCUGAGAUUUAUCUUUUCAAAUUACCCCCACGGGAAUAGAGAUCCAACUGGUGAUGAUGUGGAAAAACCAGCAGAUGCCGCCUUACCAAAUGAAGAGGAUCAAAAGGUAAAAAUUGCAGACGCGGGAAAGCACAUCAAAUUGAUGAAGCAGUACAACGAAAUUGUGGCGGACAUGAGUGAGGACAACAAAGAACAGCUAGCCAAAAUGUUGAGGGAACUUUUGAAAAAAAAAAUAAAUGAAAGGAAGAAGAAGAGAGAAGACCCAAAUGGUAAUAAUGAAGAAGGGAAAGAAGUUAUCAAUAUAAGUGUGCCAAGUUUUAAUUACAAACGAGUCAGCGCCAACCAAGAUGAUAGUGACGACGAGGAAGAGGUGAGUGUGGCGCAGAUAGAAGGCCUAUUCGUCAACCUGAAAUAUGCCUCGAAAUUUUUCAACUUCAUGAACAAGUAUAAAAGAAGCUAUAAAGACAUCAACGAGCAGAUGGAGAAAUAUAAAAACUUCAAAAUGAAUUAUCUCAAAAUUAAGAAGCAUAAUGAAACGAAUCAAAUGUACAAAAUGAAGGUAAACCAGUUUAGCGACUAUUCGAAGAAAGAUUUCGAGAGCUAUUUUAGAAAGUUGCUACCCAUCCCGGAUCACCUGAAGAAGAAAUAUGUAGUGCCGUUCAGUUCCAUGAAUAACGGAAAGGGCAAAAAUGUAGUGACUAGCAGCAGCGGCGCUAACCUUCUUGCCGACGUGCCAGAAAUUUUAGACUAUAGAGAAAAAGGAAUUGUGCAUGAACCCAAGGACCAAGGGCUAUGCGGCUCGUGCUGGGCCUUUGCCAGUGUAGGAAAUGUUGAAUGCAUGUACGCCAAGGAGCAUAACAAGACCAUUUUAACUUUGAGUGAGCAAGAAGUUGUAGAUUGUUCUAAGCUAAAUUUCGGAUGUGAUGGAGGACACCCAUUUUAUUCUUUCAUUUAUGCCAUCGAAAAUGGAAUUUGCAUGGGGGACGACUAUAAAUAUAAAGCGAUGGAUAAUUUAUUUUGCCUAAACUAUAGAUGUAAGAAUAAAGUUACUCUCUCCUCUGUUGGUGGGGUGAAAGAAAACGAAUUGAUACGUGCUCUAAAUGAAGUAGGUCCUGUGUCCGUCAAUGUCGGGGUAACGGACGAUUUCUCCUUUUACGGCGGAGGAAUAUUCAAUGGCACUUGCACAGAAGAAUUAAACCACUCCGUUCUUCUUGUUGGCUAUGGCCAAGUGCAGAGCAGCAAAAUAUUUCAAGAAAAGAACGCUUAUGAUGAUGCCUCUGGAGUUACGAAGAAGGGAGCGCUAUCAUACCCAUCAAAGGCCGAUGAUGGUAUUCAGUACUAUUGGAUUAUUAAAAAUUCGUGGAGCAAAUUUUGGGGAGAAAACGGAUUUAUGAGAAUUAGUCGAAAUAAGGAGGGAGAUAACGUGUUUUGCGGAAUCGGUGUCGAAGUUUUCUACCCCAUUUUGAAGGGUCAAGACAAUUCUGCAGAUAUCCAGCACAGUGGCGGCCGCUCGAGUCUAGAGGGCCCGCGGUUCGAAGGUAAGCCUAUCCCUAACCCUCUCCUCGGUCUCGAUUCUACGCGUACCGGUCAUCAUCACCAUCACCAUUGA